UUUCUUUUUUCGUAGGCUUUAUGUCUUUUCUAUUGAUUUCAUACCGCGCCCGCCAGUAGUUGAUAUUUACUUUCUCGUCUAUAAUUUGGGGCUCUUACUUUUUUCCUUAUCAUCUUAUUUAUUUCACUUGAAUCCUAUUUCCCCAAUUUUAGAUUAUUCGUUGUGGGGUUGCAGAACAUGCAUGCUUGCCGUUUCACACUGUCUAAGUUUUUAAAUUUUGGAGCUGUAGCUGCUCAACGAUCAUCAGGCGGGCGGUUUUCGUUUAAGUGCUCUUCCAGAAAUAUUCACAUGGAAAAUAAUAACCAUAGUGCUGCAAGAGGUGCGCUUAUUGUUUUAGAAGGUUUGGAUCGAAGUGGGAAGACCUCACAGUCUAGCAAGCUCUUGUCAUACUUGGAAGGUCUUGGGUAUCCAGUAGAAUCAUGGCGAUUUCCCGAUAGAGAGACUGCUGUUGGAAAAAUGAUUUCUUCAUAUCUUACAAAUCAGUCGCAGCUGGAUGAUCGCACAAUACAUCUUCUCUUUAGUGCAAAUCGUUGGGAGAAACGAUCAUUGAUGGAGGCUAAGCUUAAAAGUGGUACUUCCUUGAUAGUUGACCGCUAUUCUUAUUCAGGGGUGGCUUUCUCAUCUGCCAAAGGCCUGGAUAUUGACUGGUGUAAGGCUCCAGAGAUGGGAUUGCUGGCACCUGAUUUGGUGGUGUACCUUGACAUACUGCCAGAAAAAGCUGCUGAAAGAGGUGGUUAUGGAGGUGAAAGAUAUGAGCAGCUGGAGUUUCAGAAGAAUGUUGCUCAGUAUUACAAGAUGCUUAGUGAUGCAUCAUGGAAGACAGUAAAUGCAUGCCUUCCAAUGGAAGAUAUUGAGAAACAGCUGAAGGAGAUGGUUCUGGAUUGUGUGAUGUCUUGCCAAAAAGGAAAACCGGUUUCUCAGCUGUGGUUGUCUUAAAUCGAUGCUAUGAUGGCAAAUGUCAAGGAAUUGUGGCGAUUGCUUGGAUAAUUAUAACGCUACAAAACCACGUACUACAUGUGAUGUGAUUUUGAAUUCUAAAUUGUCAUCCAAAUAUCCGAUACGGUUUUGAAUUUUAAGUUAGUAAGUUGUAAUGUUUCAACAGGCUAAAAGAAUUAUAUCUGUAAUGUCGAAGUCCAUUUUGUUAUAUAUCAACUUUAUAUUGGUCUCUUUCUUUAACAA